AUGACUACAACACCUUCCACUAAAGUAUUGCUUUUUGCAAAGAUAGCUGCAGUUGGUCUUAUCUACUGUUUUCUUGCAUAUUUUUUUACCUAUGACCAACCAUCUCCUGCUUGCAAAUCUGCAUUAGUUGAAGGGGACUAUGAUGAAGCUGAAUUCACAGAUCCACCAGAAAAGCCAACUGUUCUGAUUUGGUGGUGGCCUCUUGGUGUGAAGUUUGAUUUUAAAAUUUGUUCGACCUACUUCCACAUCGACAGCUGCAUUCUGACAGAUAACAGAUCCCUGUACCACAAAGCGGCAGGGGUCAUUUUCUAUCACAAACAUAUAGGCUUGGAUUUGAAAAACUUGCCUCAGGAUCCGCGUCCAUCUUUCCAGAAGUGGAUUUGGUAUAAUGUGGAAUCUCCAAAGAACACAGCGAGAAAGCCAGUGGACAACAUCUUCAACUUAACUCUAAGCUACACAAGGGACGCCGACAUCACGGUGAGGAACGAACUGACAGUCAGGCAAUCAGAGACAAACGAAACCUUUGUUCUGCCUAAAAAAGACAAACUGGUGUGUUGGAUUGUGAGUAAUAAAGCUCAUUUUACUGGGACGGCUACAAGAGAAAACUACUACCUUGAACUGUCCAAACAUGUUAAUGUUACGGUCUAUGGCACUGCUUUUGGAGGGGGGGUUUUGAGUUAUGAUCACUAUUAUUCGACCAUUGCUUCCUGUAAGUUUUACCUCUCGUUUGAGAACUCGCUGCACAAAGACUACAUCACAGAGAAGAUCAACGGACCGCUAGUAGCAGGGACAGUACCUGUAGUUUUGGGGCCACCAAGAGAAAACUAUGAGCAGUUCUACCCCUCUGAUUCAUUCAUUCAUGUAAAUGAUUUCCCUGAUGCAAAGUCACUGGCAGAUUAUCUGAUCCACUUGGACAAGAACAACGAGAUGUACAUGAGCUACUUUGAAUGGAGGAAAUACUACACAGCCACCCCUCAUCUCCUGUCAACACAAAAUGAGUUCAUUCAUCCCAUCUGCCUCGCCUGUGACCAUAUAGCACGGGACCCCACAGUCCAUGUAGUUCAGGAGCUAAAUAGGUGGUAUUUUACUUGAACACCACAGUUGCCAAAUGCAUGAACAUUUUGUCAGUAUAUAUCUAAAUGUAGUUUUAUGAAUGGGGGGGUGUCAUGUGCUGUGAGCAGGGCAAAUACUAUAGCUAAAG